UUAUUAAGAUGUUUUGUUUUUGGAUAUGUUAUUAUAAGUUUUUUUUCCUUUUUUACUAAUCACCAGCUUUAGCGGAGAUUCGAAGCGAUCAAAGAUUAAUUUCCAUAGGUCACGUGACAGCCUCAUUUUAACCAAUGCUCCAGAACACCGUUCCAAAAAAACUGGCCAUCCCUACCUAGACUAGAUAAGCGUGUGUUAUCUUUAGUGGACACUUGGUGGCAGCAUAAUAAUUCAUACCUGCUUCUCUGAGGGAAUGACACAGGUUGGGAAAGUGGACUUACAGAGUGAUAUCUUGGAUGAAAGUGCAGAAAGAAAUCAGAGACUGACUGACUGACUGAACGUCGACCCGAUAAAUCCCACAAGUGCUGCUAAAACUGAGGCAAAACUAGUGUUUGAUCAGUCCAGGUCAAAGGUUAAAUCCGAUCUCGGCAGUAACUUAAGACAGUUAAAGGAAGACAGGCAUGGACACUGAAACAGAGCGUUUCUGUUUGAUGGAAGAUAAAAGUGCUCUUGGUCAACCGAAGACCCCGAACGUUUCUCCAGAGAAUAAUGGUCGUACCAUCUCAGUGCAUGUACUGGAAUUUAAAGCAAGUCUUUUGGAAGCAGUUGAGGAGUUACAUAUACGACGGGAUGCUGAAACCCGAUAUGAAGAGCAGAUUUGUAAACUUAUGCUGGAGAACCCAGAGUUAGAAUGGGAGAAGGAGUCCUUACAAAAUCAGAUCUCUAAAAUGUCAAAUGAGAAUUCGGAGUCACUUGCUGCUGUAAAAAAGCAGUUUCAGGCCCAAAUCAGAGGACUGGAGGGAGAAAAGGGGAAAAUCCAGCUUGCUGCUGAACUCAAGGACAAAGAGAUCACAAGCCUCAAAGAAGAACUAAAAUCGCUGCAGUUGCUCAGGUACAGUUUGGAGAAGAAAUUAGCCGAGCUGGAGCAGAAGUUGCAGUUGCAGACGCAGUUAAAAGACAGCCACCUGAAUCAACUGGGAGAGGUGGAGAGGCGCUUUGUCACUGUUUCCAGACAGUGCACCGCGUUCAAACAAGCCCACGAGCAACUCGAGCAGAAUGUUGAAGAGGCCAUGCGGAUUAAUAAAAAGCUCACAUCCAUCAAUGAAAAACAAGAAUCUACUAUUAAAGCCUUAAAAGAGGAUCUGGAGAGACUUAACAAAGAGCUGGCCACUUUAAAAGUGUCAUCAGUCCGCAGACCUGGAGAAGAGCAUCUACAACAUGUUUUGAAAGAACAACAGCUUCAGCAAUUUCAACAAAGGCUCUUUGUGGAAACCGAACUUAACAAGAAACUGAGAAAUGAAACUGCCACAGAGAGGGAAGAGAAGCAGGAGGUUCUGAGAUCCCUCCAGCAUACUCAGCGUUUGCUACAGACACAGACAGAAGCUCUGAGCCAAGCAGAACAGGAACUCAUCACUCUCCGAGAGGAAUAUAAGCUCCUUAAAGCAGAACACGAAUUGGACCAGGAGAGGACCAGAGAGGACCAGGACAGAUUCACUCGGCUAAGAGACGAGUACCAAAAUUCAAAGCUUGAUUGUGAGAAAAAGAUGUUGCUGUUGCAAAAGACAUCAGAGGCGGAUCAAGUUGAGCUGAAAGCUGUGAAAGAGGCUUAUAAUCUGCUUCAGGAGGAGAAUAAACUGCUGUCUGCUUCUGUAGAUCAUAACAUUGAAGAUAUUCAGGAUUCUGAGAUUAAUUUGGAAGAUCAAGCUCUAGUAAAUAAAACAAUUACUGAGAUCAACCUUGAUAGUCUUCACAAAAAUGAGUCUUUGGAAAUUGAGGAGGGGUUGAAUAGUGAUGAUGGUGAACCAGCGAGACGCUUUCCAGAUGAAAGCUCUGCUGACUGUCAGAGGAAUAAAGAAGUCGGCGGCUCUCUUGAUGAAAGCACUUCAAUGCAGGUGGAUCGAUUAACUGACGUUUCACCAUCCACAGCACCAGAUAUUUUGUCUGAAAAGAUGUCAGGACCUGAAGAAGUCAUUGCCGUAACAAAUCAGCUGUCAAACUUGUGUGCUGAAACAAAACCGAUUGUCUGUGAAAGUGAGACGGUCUGCAGUGCAGUUGAUAAAGGAUGCCCAUCAAACCAAGCCCGAAGUGACACAGACGGUUGUCUCCCCGAGCUAUCAGGGCCUGAAACCAGGUCUGUUUAUGAGGUAGACGGUGACCCUUUGGCUUUGGAACAGAAAGAUGGAACGCUGGAACCGAAUCUGUGUAUCUCAGAAGUGACUGAACCCCAGACAUCAGAUAAACACAUAGACGGCCAAAAAUGUGGUACAAAAGAGAUCAAAGACGAGUCUGUUGCACCUGAAUUUCUCCAGAGUCGUUCGCAAACAGAAGAUCAAGCAAAUAUGGAGAGACUUCCAGUAGACAAAAUGUAUGACGUACCACAUGUGACUGAGGAUGGGAUUGUACACCAACCGAGUCCAUGCCAUGAAACCACACACCAGGAACCAGAUGCAUUAACAGGUACCCAAACAUUAUUAGAGGAUCACAACUCACCACCCGAAUUAAUCUCCAUACAUUCGCAAGCGGUUGGUUCAGCCGAAGCAAACUUCGAUGAAGUAGACGUGGUGGAAUCGAAACAGGUGCCUCUUAUUGCCAGCACCAUGGAGUCUGAAGAUCACAACUCACCACCCGAAUUGAUCUCCACACAUUCACAUACGCUUGGUUCAGCCGAAGCAAACCUCGAUGAAGUGGACAUUGUGAAAUCGAAACAGGUGCCUCUUGUUGCCAGCACCAUGGAGGCCAUUUUGCCAACUGCAUCACCGUCAAUGGAGACGGUGGCCAUAUCAAAAAAUAAAGAUCAAAAGGAUGAUCCAGUUGAAUCAGUUUCCCUACAUUCCAAGAUCACAAACCCAAGCCAAGAUCAAUCCUCUCCUGAUGGGUAUCCCAAAGCAAAUGACCAAUCAGAUGUUGACCACAAAUGCAUGUCAGUGGCAAGCACUUCAAACAAUACAGUAUGUAAGAGAUAUCGACCAUGCUUUGCAUGGAACAGAUUUAUAAAAGACAAAAUGAACACGCAACCAAAAUGUGCAGAAAGUAAAGUUGAUCAUUCAGUGCAUGGCACCAGAAACAGCAAACCAGGAUUGGCCCCAACACCUUUAAAAUCACAGCACAGGGCCUCGGGAUUUCACGGUUUGGAGUUUGUUUCACCUUUUUCUGCUCCACGUUUUACAAAAAAUAAAGCUGUGAUGAGGACUCCAGACAGGUUAGACGCUCCGAGCAAGCGUCCGCACCAAAAAAGCGACUUUCGAGGAGAAUGGAAUGCAAUCAAGCAGUCUUUUUCCGAGAUGCUUGCAGAGAAGGACAAUCGGGUUCUUAUCUCCUACAGUUCGACUCUGGGUGGCAACCCUGGAUCUUCUUCUGUGGGUAAUGGGCUGCGACAGGACGGCACUCCUACCGUUUCUCCUCCCAAACUUCAGAGCCUGGAGACGGAUCUUCAGCCUGAGGUUGAAGGGGGUACAGCAAAUUACAAAGGCAAAGAGGAACAAAAUCAAUCGGACAUAGUGGCCCAAAUUGCGAAAAUCGAAGAACUGAUGAACUCGACGGAAGGUUUAACACCUCAGAAAAUACGCAAAAUAGAAUAAAGUGUAUUCAUGAUUAUUACUUUGCAAUGGCAUGCGUUGCAUGCUUUAGUUUGCUUAUAUGCUUAGAUACUAUGGUAUAUGUGAGGUUAAAGUUAAUUGUUAACUACAUUUUUAAAUAAACGUUUGCUAUUACA